AUGAAGACGAUGCAGUCAAUGGGAGACCUCGACUCAACAGAAACUCUCCACCUUGUCAGCAGCAAACUUCCUUCUUACUCUGCUGUGAAAUGGUGCCGGCAUGCCCAUGAAAGGCAAACCAAGUCUAAGAAAAUAAUCACAUUUAGCACCUUUAUGAACUUUGUCAGAGAAGAAGCAGAACUUGCAAAUGACCCCAUCUUCUCACCUGAUGCCCUGAAAGCGGAAGGCAAGAAGACUGGUACCCAGCCGAAGUGGGGAUGGAAGAACAAGUCAAAGAAGAAGGACGAUAGUAAUUUGAGUGCCAAUUCACUCGCGACAUCAGGUACUCCACACCCCAGCGAUCUUGCCUCAUCGACAAAACCAUUUGCCGAUCAAACAGAUCAGGCCUGCCCCCUUUGCAACGGUCAGCACGCCCUCGUCAAGUGCAGCAAAUUUCUCAAGAGUUCGGUAGAUGAACGCAGUGAAUUUAUUCGCAGUAAAGCUCUUUGUUUCGGCUGUUUUAAGUCAGGUCACAUGUCUUCGGGAUGUCGUAAUAGAUCCAUUUGCAAAGAAUGUGGAAGACGUCACCACAGCUUAUUGCAUGGCGUAAAACCAAAAUCCACCGAGAGUCGUCCACAGCCUGACCGCAAGUCACAAGAAACUCAGCGCCCAUCUAACAAGAAUGAACCACUCAGUGAGAAACCUCCAGUUUCAGGAUCCGUGAGCUCAAACCUGAUCAGUGUAACGCACAGCUCAGCUACAGAGUCUGCCAGCGUAAUCACUAAUUGUCGAAUCAUCCAAGUCCUUCUGUUCCACAAGGAUAACCCAGCCAAAGCAAUCAAGGUCUACGCCCUCCUAGACGAUGCAAGUGACACAACCUUCGUGACCACCCAAGUACAGCGUGAACUCGGUAUCAAGGGUGUUGAAACUAGUUUAGAUUUAAGCACGAUGCUUGGUCGACAGAGGAUAGCAGUUGAAAGAAUUGAUGGCUUGAUUGUUCAGCGACUUGACAAACACACCGAAGUUGACCUACCCAAGACGUAUUCAAGGCAGACCAUUCCUUCCCGUCGAGACCAAAUUCCAAGACCAGAAACCGUGAACAACUGGCCGCACCUUAAAAGGAUCCAAGGCAAAAUUCCUCCGUACAAUGAAGACAUAGAUAUUGGCCUGCUAAUUGGUUGCAACUGCCCCAAAGCGAUCGCACCAACAGAAGUCAUUCGCGGUAAAGGAGAAGAACCUUACGCUGUCCGAACCUUGCUAGGUUGGAGUAUAGUGGGACCAGUUGCCACAUCAGACACCCCUAGAGAUGGCCACGCCCUAGAUUCCACCUGUCAUCGUACCUUGACAAGAGAGGUUAUUUCUGGAGCAAGUGACAGCGCUAACCAGUUGAGUUUCAUUCUCCACGGGAAAAUGAAGGAGGUCAUGAACCCAUCAGCAAUUAAUCAGAUGUUCGAGCUUGAUUUCUUGGAACACAAAAACAAAUCGAAGCAUGGUCUAUCCAAAGAAGACAAAAAGUUUAUUCAGAUAGCAGAAAAGGGAAUUCAACAUCGCGAUGAUGGCCAUUAUGAGCUCCCACUACCCUUGAAGAACGAAACCAUUGAGCUUCCAAACAACAAGACAGUUGCGCUUCGCAGACUUAAUCAGCUAAAAAGAAGGUUCGUGGGUAGAAACGGCCAGAAAUACUACACGGACUACUCGGAAUUUAUGAAGAAAUUGAUAAAGAAUGGAUACGCUGAGAGGGUACCAGAAAUGUCUGAAUCGGAACAUGCAUCCCAUGGUCAAGUUCAAGAGAAAGUGAACGUUUGGUACAUUCCACACCACGGAGUCUAUCACCCUAAGAAGCCCAAUAAGAUUCAUGUAGUUUUCGAUUGUGCUGCCGAGUACAAAAGUGAAUCGCUAAACAAGCACCUGCUUCAAGGCCCCGACUUGACAAACAAUUUGACUGGAGUGCUUUGCAGGUUUCGACAAGAGCCAAUCGCUUUCAUGUGUGACAUAGAAGCCAUGUUUCACCAAGUAAAAGUGAGUGAAGAAUUCAGAGACUUGUUGCGCUUUUUCUGGUGGGAAGAUGGCGACCUCACCAAAGAACCGAAAGAGUAUAGAAUGACCGUACACUUGUUUGGAGCCACCUCGUCCCCAGGCUGUGCAAAUUUCACUUUGAAGUCUACGGCCAAUGAUUUUGAAGAAGAAUUUGGAGCUAGCGCCGCAGAUUUCGUUCGUAAGGACUUCUACAUUGACGACGGUUUGAAGUCCGUUCCGUUCCGUAAAGCAGAUGUGCAGCAAAGGAGGCUUCCGGCUUCACAAUUCGCUAUCGUACUACAAGAUAAGCCAUGCACUAGACGGGGUAUACUCUCCACUGUGAGCUCGAUUUUUGAUCCGCUCGGAUUCGUUGCUCCGCUCUUGUUGGAUGGAAAGUCAAUUCUUCAAGAUUUGUGUCGCCAUGAAGUAGGCUGGGAUGAUCCGAUACCAGAAGACAUAAAAGUUAAGUGGGAAAAGUGGAGAUCAGAUUUGUUAGAAGUUCAACGCAUUUCAAUUCCCAGAUGCUAUAAGCCCGAUGACUUUGGUCGUGUUGUGAGCGCACAACUUCAUCACUUCUCGGACGCGAGCGUCAAAGGUUAUGGUCAGUGUAGUUACUUGCGCCUUGUAGACGAAAACCAGAGAGUUCAUCGCUCCUUUGUUAUGGGAAAGUCAAGAGGGGCACCGUUGAAGCCUGUAACUAUACCACGCCUGGAACUUACCGCCGCCGUGUGCUCAGUGAGAAUCAGACAGCAGUUGCGACUUGAGCUAGAGUACACCAUUGAUAAAGAAUACUUCUGGACAGACAGUAGAGUGGUACUUGGAUAUAUAGCCAAUGAGAGUAGGCGUUUUCACGUGUUCGUCGCCAACAGAGUUCAAGAAAUUCAAGAAAACACUUCAAUUGAUCAGUGGAAGUACGUCGAGUCAAAACAAAACCCAGCAGAUGAAGCGUCUCGAGGCCUGCUGGAUUACUGGGCCAGCGUUUCUUUGGGAGAACGAAAACAAGUGGCUACCCAAAGAAGACCACAAACUCCCAGAAAACGACCCAGAAGUUAA